AUGCCACUGACCUGUGAAAUAUGCCUCCCAGACGGCAAAAGCUACGAUCAGCCUUUAGGCCUGUUCAUUGACAACGAAUUCCGCGAAAGCAUAAAUGGCAAGACGUUUGAAGUUGUGAAUCCCACCACUGAGGAGGUCAUCGCCCACGUCUCCGAGGCUGGGGCCGAGGACGUUGACUUGGCCGUGGCCGCCGCAAGACGAGCUUUUACUGGCCCAUGGCGCACUACAAGUCCUGAAGAUCGAGGAAAGUUGCUGCGCGGAGUAGCCGAUCUCAUCGAGAAGAACCUCGACCUGCUGGCCAAGGUUGAGACGCUCAACAACGGCAAGGCUCAGCAGUGGGCAAUUGGAGAUGUCAUGCACUGCGUCUCCGUCUUUAAUUACUAUGCAGGUUGGGCUGAUAAAGUGGAAGGUAAAGUGAUUGAUGUUGAUGCAGAGCGAUUCAACUUUACCAAGCGUGAGCCGUUUGGCGUUUGUGGGAUGAUCGUCCCUUGGAACGCACCUCUUGUCCUCAUGUCUUGGAAGGUAGCUCCAGCUCUUGCAGCUGGCAACACCGUCGUCGUCAAAACCUCAGAGCUAACUCCAUUAUCUGCCCUGUUACUAGCUGACUAUUUCAAGCAAGCGGGAGCCCCAGCGGGUAUCUUCAAUGUCAUCUCUGGCUUUGGCAACGUGGCCGGCGCCUCCCUUGCUUCUCACAUGGACGUUGCAAAGAUAUCAUUCACAGGGUCAACCACUACUGGGCGCGCUAUCAUGCAGGCGGCAGCCAAGUCCAACCUGAAGCCUGUGACCCUUGAGCUGGGCGGUAAGGGCCCUAAUAUUGUCUUUGAUGAUGCAGAUUUCGAUGCAGCCGUUGAGUGGGUUACGUUUGGCAUCUUCUAUAGUUCCGGGCAGGUCUGCUGUGCCGGCUCGCGUGUGUACGUUCAGGCUGGGAUUUAUGACAGGUUCUUGGACGCUCUUAGGGCCAGGGUAGCGCUCAUUCAAGUGGGCGAUCCGUUCGACAUAAAGACAUUCCACGGACCGCAGACCUCCAAGGCCCAGUUUGAUCGAAUUCUAGGAUACAUCAAGAGCGGUGUGGACGAUGGCGCAAAAGUCGAAGCUGGUGGCUCUCGUUGGGGCGAGAAGGGCUUUUUCAUCCAGCCAACUAUCUUUUCCGCUGCCUCUCCGGAUAUGAAGAUCAUGCGCGACGAGAUCUUCGGGCCGGUAUGCGUUGUCUCCAGGUUUGAAACCCAGGAUGAGGUAGUUCAGGCUGCGAAUGCAACUUCGUAUGGCCUUGCCAGCGGAGUACAUACCAAGAACAUCGACCGUGCUCUCAACGUGUCCAGUCUCCUCGAGACUGGCACCGUUUGGGUGAACCAGCUUCCGUUUGGCGGAUACAAAGAAAGUGGAAUUGGUCGCGAGUUGGGGGCAGCUGUGUUGGAGAGCUACACUACCACCAAGACAGUCUCUAUUCGGCUAUCAGGGACGCAAUGA